AUGCACAUCAAAGAGAUGAUCGCAGACGCCGAGAGGACGGGCCAGCCCUCCUUCUCUUUCGAGUACUUCCCACCAAAGACCCUCACCGGCGUCCAGAACCUCUACGACCGCAUCGAGCGUAUGGACCACUUCGGCCCCAAGUUCAUCGACAUCACAUGGGGCGCCGGCGGCCGCAUUGCCGAGCUUACCUGCGAGAUGGUCAGCCAGGCGCAGGCCUAUUUUGGUCUCGAGACCUGCAUGCACCUCACAUGCACUGACAUGGGCCUGGAGAAAGUGGACGAGGCCCUGCGCAAAGCCUACAAAGCCGGCUGCACCAACAUCCUCGCGCUGAGGGGCGACCCGCCCAGGGACAAGGAGAAAUGGGAGGCUGCCGACGACGGCUUCACUUACGCCAAGGACCUGGUGCGCCAUAUCCGUAAGACGUACCACGAUCACUUCGACAUCGGCGUCGCCGGCUAUCCGGAGGGCUGCGAUGACAACAAGGACGAGGACCAGCUGCUGGACCACCUCAAGGAGAAGGUGGACGCUGGCGCCGGUUUCAUUGUUACCCAGAUGUUCUACGACGUCGACAACUUCCUGCGUUGGGUAGCCAAGGUUCGGGCCCGCGGUAUCGACGUGCCCAUCCUCCCCGGCAUCAUGCCUAUCGCUACCUAUGCCAGCUUCCUGCGGCGGGCCAACCACAUGAACUGCAGGGUUCCCGAUGAGUUCAUGGCUGCCCUGGAGCCUGUCAAGAACGACGACGUUGCUGUCCGCGACCUCGGCAAGACUCUCGUCGCCGACAUGUGCCGUAAGAUCGUCGCUGCCGGUAUCCCCCACCUGCACUUCUACACCAUGAACCUGGCACAGGCCACGCGCAUGGUUCUCGAGGAGCUGGACUGGCUGCCCUCGGAGCGCAGCCCCAUUCAGCAGUCCUUACCAUGGAAGCAGUCCCUUGCCCUCGGCAGGCGGCAGGAGGACGUGCGCCCCAUCUUCUGGCGCAAUAGGAACAAGUCGUACAUCUCGAGGACCAUGGACUGGGACGAAUUUCCCAAUGGCCGCUGGGGCGACUCCCGCUCCCCUGCCUUUGGCGAGCUGGACGCCUACGGCAUCGGCCUGACCGGCACCAACGAGCAGAACCGCAAGAAGUGGGGCGAGCCCAAGUCCAUCCAGGACAUCUCCAACGUUUUCGUUAGGUACCUGAACAAGGAGCUCGACUCUCUCCCCUGGAGCGAGGCGCCCCUCACCGGCGAGGCCGGCCCCAUCAUUGACGACCUCAUCGCCCUUAACAGCAGGGGUCUGAUCACCAUCAACUCGCAGCCCGCCGUCAACGGCGUCAAGUCGAACCACCCUGUUCACGGCUGGGGCCCCAAGAACGGCUUCGUCUACCAGAAGGCCUAUGUGGAACUCUUUGUCUCGCCAGACGUCUUCCCCGAGUUGAUUUCGCGCAUCGAGAAGAACCCAGACUUGACCUAUUACGCCACCACCAAGGCCGGCGACUUCAAGACCAACACGCCGUCAGAGGGUCCCAAUGCAGUCACCUGGGGCGUGUUUCCCGGCAAGGAGAUCGUCCAGCCCACCAUUGUCGAGUCCAUUAGCUUCCUCGCCUGGAAAGACGAGGCUUUCCAGCUCGGCAUGGACUGGGCGAGGUGCUUUGAUGCAGGCAGCCCCAGCCGCAUCCUGCUCGAGCGCAUGAUGAGGGAGUGGCGUCUUGUUAACAUCGUAAACAAUGAUUUCCACCAGCCACGCACGAUCUUUGAGAUCACGAGUGACCUCAAAGUCAAGGACCUGAGCGUUGAGGUCCAGCCGGACGGACCCGCCACGGCAAACUAA